GUGGAUUAACGCCAGAUUUGUCGCUAUUACUAAGAGAAUUGCCGAUUUGGGUAAAUUACAGGCCAACGCGUGCUGGGUUGUCCGAAUGGAACCUUCCCGCCUGCUCGGAUCGACGAGACUUCUUCAAUAUUGACUUGCGGUCGCUUCUUUUACAACCGUUAGUCGGACCCCAAUGUGUUCGGUAGGAUGGAUGCCAAGCUGAAGGUAGCUGGGCAAAUUGGCUGAGUUGGUGAAAAACGUGCAGGGCGCCAUUUGAAAACGUAGGCUAAAUCUGGCAUCCCUACUGCUAAGCUCUUACGCUAUUGUCAUGGUCGGUCUCAAGCUAUUGUCCCUGCUACUGGCUCCUCUUGCCGCCAUCGCCCAUGAGGCAGCCAACAGUCACGGUGGUCAAUUCGUACUGACUCCAUCUUCGGGAUUCUCGAUCGACACUCUGUUAGCUGAUCCCCAUAAAUACGAUGAGAAAAACGCCCAUGUUAAGCACUUUAGCGGUGGCGACACUUUGGCGUAUGUUACGCCGUGGAACAACCACGGAUAUGACGUUGUCAAGCAGUUCAAGGGAAAGUUUGACUUUGUUUCUCCUGUCUGGUAUUACGUUGAGCGAGGAUCCAACGGCGAGUUUGUGUUGAACGGCGGUCAUGAUGUUGACAGAGGUUGGAUGGAUGAAGUUAGAGAUAUAGUCGAUAAUCGUAAAGUCGGUAAAAUUGUUCCUCGAUUUCAAUUCCGAGGCUGGACACGCGAACAUCUUCAAGAAUUUGUCAAGAGUCCUCAAGAGGCCGGUAAACUCGCACAUAUGAUUUCUCACGAAGUAGAGAAGCAAGCCUUUGAUGGUGUUGUACUUGAAUGCGGAUACCCGUCUUUUUUCGCCACGUUCCUUCAGAAGCUUAGCGUGGAACUGCAUCAAAUCAAUAGAGUCCUCAUCUCGGUCCUCCCGCCGGUUCGUGACGAUGUCUCAAAGGAAAUCAUGUCACCGGAUGCAUUCAAGGUUUUGGCUCAGUUUGUGGAUCGCUUCAGUUUGAUGAGCUACGAUUACUCCAGCGGUAGUUACGCAGGUGGCCCGUCAUCCCCCAUUGACUGGAUUGAAGAUAACAUUGAACACUUGACAAAUGAGCAGAACCGCCAUCAACUCCUCGUUGGUAUCAACAUGUUUGGCAUGGCUUACCAGCAAGGCGAAACCCCUCAACCAAAGGUCAUGAACUCCGUUAUUGAGCUGCUUCGCGAGAUGCAUGAACAAGGCUCCAGCCUUGAUUUGGUCUGGGACAAGGAAGCAGAAGAACACUGGGUAGCCAUUAGUGAGGAUGAUGGAUUGACUGAGGGUCCUACUGUGUGGUUCCCCACUCCAAAGUACAUCAAGAACAGAAUUCAUUUGGCUGAAGAUUGGGGUGUUGGCUUGUCACUUUGGGAAGUCGGUCAAGGCUUAGAUUCAUUUUAUGAUGCUUUCUAAGCAAACACAGUUCAUAUGACGGUAUAGCUUUAAAAAAACAUGGUAUUUUAAAAGCAAGAAAAUACUUGAAUUAAACAGCAUUUGAUUGAUGAUGUACGAUAGCGUUGUUAUAUUAUUCACAUUGUCAAAAAUAUUUCAACUUUUUGAUAAAAAAAAAUCUACA